CCCGCUCGACGCAAUCCGCGGAGAGGAGAGAGACAGAGGGAGAGAAACCCUAGGGGAGCCUUCCAGGUCUCAGCGCGAGCCCAGGGAUCUCCGAUGGCGCCGGACGCGAACGCGGAGGCGGCGGGGGACACGCGGCCACAGGUGGACGAGGGCUACGAGUUCUGCGCGCCCAAGUUCUUCGACUUCGUCAGCGGCGAGACGGAGGAGGAGGUCCGCGCCGCCGAGAGGUGGUUCGAGGCCGCCACCAGCCACGCCCCCUCGCCGUUCGCUCCGAGGAUCAAGGAAUCGAGGGCGGAGGUCAAGAUCGACAGCCUCUGCGACUUCGCCGAUGCGGAGCCGGAUCACAAGGAGGUAGAAGUGGAGGAUUCAGCGGGAGGCGCCACCAAUCCCUCACAGCCUUCUGAUCAAGAGGAUAAUGACGGCUCGUUCCGACUUGUGCAUGAAGCAAAUGCCAGUGAAAACAGUGUCACCGACGGUGAUCAUAAGCAGCAAGAAAGUGAUUCGUGUCCUGAUGCUAUGUCGGAGUCGCCACCAGCCGAGGAGGAGAAGAAAGAAUCGCCAAAAUCUUUCGAGUUCCUCCCCUCGAAACAAUUGGGUGCAAAAUCAGCAGACGGUGGUUCUAGUACCCCUAAGAUUCAGAGGCCUCCUGCCGUCAAAUCUGUCACUGCGGUGCCUACAUGUGCCAAGCCGAUAAUGAAGACGGACGCGUGCACUCCGAAGGUGCAGGCGACGAACUCCUCCAGAGGUCUUGCACCACUGACGGGCUCCAAGGCUCAUCCAUCUGCUUUGAAGCAGUCCUCGUCGAUGGGCGUCAAGAGGAGUGUGGUCAGAUGCCCACGUGAGUUGCUGGCGGGGAAGGCGGCCACUGCUGCUAAUGACAUCGCGCAAGAAAACCAAGCCGUCAAAAGACAGAAGCUUGAUGAUGGGAGGACAAGACAGAUACUGAACGUGAAGGCACGGACCCUGCCUCACAAGGGGAGAGGUGGUUUGGCAGGAAGCACCGAGAUGAGCCUAUCUGCCAUGAGAAAACACCGUGACGAUUCAUACUCUCUGAAGGAAGUGGCUCCCUAUGUAUCAGCAGCAGAAAUGGUCAAGAAGUUUGAAUCUGGGACUCGGGAUUUGAGUAUCCCUCACAACAGAUCGGUCUCUCAUGACGAUGCAGCAACUGCAUUACAUAGAAGACCUAAGCUUAUGCUGACAAGGCCAAAGGAACCUGAGUUUCAGACCUCCCACAGGGUCCGGGCUGUCAGAGUUAAAAGCUCCGCGGAGCUAGAAGAAGAGAUGCUGGCCAAGAUUCCAAAGUUCAGAGCAAGGCCGUUCAACAAAAAGAUUGCUGAGGCCCCUUCAUUCCCUCCUCUUCCAAGGAAAGCUCCACAGCUUCCUGAAUUCAAUGAGUUCCGUCUUAAAACGAUGGAGAGAGCCACUCGUCACGCUGACACCUGUUCAGAAGCUUCUUCCGUAGGGACAAUCAGGAGUCAGAGCAGUAGGCCACUGACCUUGACAGAGCCAAAACCACCCCAACUUGAGACGGCAUUACGAGCUAGACCACCAAGGGUGAAAAGCUCUCGGGAAUUGGAACUGGAAGAAUUGGAAAAGGCUCCCAAGUUCAAGGCCAAGCCACUAGACAAAAAGAUUCUCGAGAGCAAGGGCGAUAUUGGUGUGUUUGCACAUCCAAAGGCUCAAGCAACAGCCCCCAAAGAAUUCCAUUUCUCUACUGACAGUCGCUUAGGUCCUCCUGCAGUGGCGGAUCUAUUUGAUAAGCUUUCUCUUUGUUCAGAAUCUUCUUCAUGUCAUUUCAAGAAGGAUGUGCCCAGACUCACCAUACCGAACCCCUUCAAUCUCUAUACAGAUGAAAGAGGACAUGAGAAAGAGAGGCAACUAGCUGCACAACUACUGCAAAAGCAAUUACAGGAAGAGAAAGCUAGGAUUCCGAAGGCUAAUCCUUACCCAUACACAACAGAUUACCCUGUGGUGCCUCCGAAGCCCGAACCAAAACCAUGCACGAGGCCUGAAGGCUUUCAGUUAGAGAGUUUGGUGAGGCAUGAAAUGGAGCAACAGAGGAUAAUGGAAGAAAGAGAGAGGAUGGAGAGGGAAGAGGCUCAAAGGAGACUCGUGAAGGCACAGCCCAUACUGAAGGAGGAUCCUAUUCCUCUUCCAGAGAAAGAACGGAAGCCUCUCACUGUGGUUCAACCAAUUAAGUUGCAUGUGGAUGAAAGGGCGGUUCAGAGAUCAGAAUUUGAUAACAUGGUGAAAGAAAAAGAAAUCACUUACAAGAGGUUGCGAGAGGAGAACGAGUUCGCACAAAAGAUUGAGGAAGAGAAGGCGUUGAAGCAGCUUAGGAGGACCUUGGUUCCACAAGCGCGGCCUCUACCAAAGUUUGAUAGACCAUUUCGUCCCCAGAGAUCAACGAAGCAGGUGACAAGGCCCAAGUCCCCGCAGCUUCAGGUCGAUCAAAGAGGGGCGAGAAGGCACGCCUUCAUCAGAUAACCAAUCUCUCCGGCUCACCUUGUUGUACUACUAUUAGUGUUACCACUGGCUGCUGGUGCUGCUGCUAUUUUUUUCUCUUGUUCUUGACGUCAAGAUCAUCACCAAUUCAUGCAGUGAUUCUUUCUGACCAAUAUAUAUAUAUAGGCCAAUCUCAAUCCUGUUAUAUAGUCAGUCAACACAGCUGACAGCGUUGUCUGUAUUCUCCUCUAGGGUUUGCUGAUGCUUUGACUGCUUUCUGUAUAUUCGGUUUGUGUGUUUUGUGUGUGUGUACGCGUGCUGUUUGAUGAACGACAAUAGGAUGACACCCUGUCGGUGCCGUCCUCGUCUCUUUGGAGUAAUGGAAGUUGUCAUUCCAUUUUGUUUUAUCAUCUCUGACCUACCCUGGAGUUCUCUCGAUGUUGUUGAAACAAUAUGUUUGAUCUUGCUGCCCUUUGUAGAUGACAAAUGGAAUCGCAGCAAUCUGGUUCCGUAUCUGGGCAACCAUAAAUCCGAUUCAU